AUGACGAAAGGUGUCAGGGAGGCCUCGGGAGACUCAGAGGAGCGAGGGAGCAAGAGGAAGAAGGAGGAGAAACAGAGAAGAGGAAAAGGACCAAAAUGUCACCACUGUCAACACUGUGACAAAUCCUUCACAACAUCCGGACAUUUAAAUCUUCAUCAGAGAGUUCACACUGGAGAGAAUCUACACAGCUGUGAUCAAUGUGGUAAAACCUUUACAAGGAGGGAUAGCCUGGUAGUCCACCACCGUGUUCACACCGGAGAGAAGUUGUACUGCUGUGAUCUCUGUGGUAAAACCUUUACAAGGAGGGGUAGUCUAGUAGUCCACCGCCGUGUUCACACCGGAGAGAAACCGUACCAAUGUGAUCAAUGUGGGAAAAACUUUACUCAUAGUAGUAGCUUUAAAUCUCACCAGCGCAUUCACACUGGAGAGAAGCCGCACAGCUGUGAACAUUGUGGGGAAACAUUUUCUGAGAGCGGUAGCCUUAAAUCUCACCAGCGCAUUCACACCGGAGAGAAGCCAUACAGCUGUGAUAUAUGUGGUAGAGCAUUUUCCCAGCUUGGUCACCUUAAUACUCACCAGCGUGUUCACACUGGAGAGAAGCCGUACUCGUGUGAACACUGUGGGAAAACGUUUUCUGAGAAUGGUCGCCUUAAAUUACACCGACGUGUUCACACCGGAGAGAAGCCGUACAGCUGUGAUCUAUGUGGAAAAACAUUUUCUCAGAUUGGUAGCCUAAAAUCUCACCAACGUGUUCACACUGGAGAGAAGCCGUAUAGCUGUAAACACUGUGGGAAAACGUUUUCUCAGAGAACUAACCUUAAGUCUCACCAGCUCAUUCACACUGGAGAGAAGACCUGGUCUGAAGUACUUUAGCUUUAAAUAAGCAAAACUACAAAGAGACAUAUGAAAGAAUCCCAAAAAAAGAUGGAAAAAUCUCCAAAAGGCAUCAAAUGUCAGAUUAGACAUUCGUAUAAUAUGUCACAAAAAGUUGGAUUUCAUUUCCAUCAUUUACACUUUCAAAAUAAAAAAUGACGUCUGCAAAAGUUUUGGCC